AUGGAUAACAGUUUACAGAUAAGUAUAGAUAACAGAUUAGAGAAAGGUAUAGAGAACGGUUUAGAGAGAAGUAUAGAGGACAGUUUAGAGAGAAGUAUGGAGAACGGUUUAGAAAGAAGUAUAGAGAACAGUUUAGAGAGAAGUAUAGAGAACGGUUUAGAGAGAAGUAUAGAGGACAGUUUAGAGAGAAGUAUGGAGAACGGUUUAGAAAGAAGUAUAGAGAACAGUUUAGAGAGAAGUAUAGAGAACGGUUUAGAGAGAAGUAUAGAGGACAGUUUAGAGAGAAGUAUGGAGAACGGUUUAGAAAGAAGUAUAGAGAACAGUUUAGAGAGAAGUAUAGAGAACGGUUUAGAGAGAAGUAUAGAGGACAGUUUAGAGAGAAGUAUGGAGAACGGUUUAGAAAGAAGUAUAGAGAACAGUUUAGAGAGAAGUAUAGAGAACGGUUUAGAGAGAAGUAUAGAGGACAGUUUAGAGAGAAGUAUGGAGAACGGUUUAGAAAGAAGUAUAGAGAACAGUUUAGAGAGAAGUAUAGAGAAUGAUUUAGAGAGAUGA